AUGCUAGCCACAGGAAAGGACGUCCGAUCAGCUGCACGUGCAAACUUACACACAACCUCAACCUCAGGACUAGCCCCGGGUCAUGUCCAGGCGAAUCUCAUUGUUCUCCCGUCCCGGUAUGCAGAAGAUUUUCGGAUGUUAUGCGUCCGCAAUCCCGUCCCGUGUCCGUUGCUGGCCGAAUCAGCGGCUGUGGGUCGGUAUGAUGCCGUCAAGUCGUGGAUCCAAGGCCUCGGGGGAGACGACAUACUAGCCUCCGGGUUUGACUUGAGGACCGAUGCCCCGCGGUAUAUGGUGUACAAGGACUCUCGAUUGCAAAAGGCCAAUUGCAACGACAUCAUGGCGGAGUGGACAGACGAUCAUGUGGCCUUUCUCAUCGGCUGCAGUUACAGCUUCGAGGCAGAAUUGACGGUAGCUGGUUUACCUCCUCGUCAUGCUGUCCUUGGAAGAAACGUGCCCAUGUACCGAACUACGGUACCUCUCUGUCCAUCGGGAGUCUUUACAGGCGGUACCUAUGUCGUGUCAAUGCGGCCCUACAAGAAGCAAGACGUCAACCGCGUCAGGCGCAUCACCAACAGACACAGCAACACACACGGCGAGCCCAUCGCGUGGGGAUGGGAUGCAAUAAAGACCUUGGGCAUCAGCGACAUUGACUCGCCAGAGUGGGGAGCACCACCGCUGACGAUGGACGGACGACGGCUCAGCGAGGCUCAGGAUGACGAGGUGCCCGUCUUCUGGGGAUGUGGUGUGACUCCCCAAGAGGCGGUGAUGAGGGCCAGACUGGCGGGUUUAGUCAUGGCGCAUGCGCCUGGACACAUGCUAGUUCUGGACGCGACGAAUGAGGACAUUAUUUGCCGGCGGCGGCUGUGA